CUUCAUUUUCAUUCGAUAGCCGGUCGUAACCUUUGCGUAAUCGUGUGGUGAAUGAAAGCUCGAUCCUUUCACGCGAGGCAGUGACCUUUUGUGAUGCAGGAGAUCGUCUCGUAGGAAGUGUAAAACGUGGCUGCUGGUUAAUCCGUGGGUCAGGAUGGAUCCACCGUGUACAGCGAUUCUACUGGGUCAGAUUCACGCUUGACCUGGGCUGAACGGAUACUUGUAACCAUGUAUCAAGCGGCAAGAACACCGCUCCUUCCGGAUGCUUGCGCAAUGUAGGGAACAAGGAAGUAAGGAAAGAAAUGAUAAUUAUUGGAGUGGUGCAGUAGCAAAUUGUUGUCGGGCGAGGAAAUCGGCGAAGCGUUGCUCGAAACUGAAUCCAAGCUUUUGCUUUCGUGCCGAUCGCUUCUGCGUUAAAAGUGCGCAAAGAGGAUCGCCGGUUGGUUCAAUCGGCCAAGCACAUUCCAACCUUCGAAUAAUUCAUAGGAUAAACUAAUUUCUACACACGCAUACGUAUAAUCAACCUUGAAGGAAGAAAGGACAGUGAUAAUAACAAAAAUAAAAGCGAGGAAACAAAGAAGCUACAUACAUUAACAUUUUCUUUAAAUAUUUAAAAAUUCCCAAGUACCUAUAAUGAUCGUAGGAUGACCAUUCCUCGAAAUUAAAUCGAAGCUUUUGCUUUCGUGCCGAUCGCUUUUGCGUUAAAAGCACACGAAGAGGAUCAUCGGUUGGUACAAUUGGCGAUGCAUUCCACGAAAAUAAAUCGAAGCUUUUGCUUUCGUUGCGUUAAAAGCACGCGAAUAGGAUCGCCGGUUGGUGCAAUUGUCAAAGCAUUCCUCGAAAAUAAAUCGAAGCUUUUGCUUUCGUUGCGUUAAAAUCGCGCAAAGAGGUUCGCCGGUUGGUUCAAUCGACGAAGCAUUCCACGAAAAUAAAUCGAAGCUUUUGCUUUCGUGCCGAUCGCUUUUGCGUUAAAAGCUCGCAAAGAGGAACACCGAUUGGUUCAAUCGGCGAAGCAUUCCACGAAAAUAAAUCGAAGCUUUUGCUUUCGUACCGAUCGCUUCUGCGUUAAAAGCUCGCAAAGAGGAACACCGAUUGGUUCAAUCGGCGAAGCAUUCCACGAAAAUAAAUCGAAGCUUUUGCUUUCGUACCGAUCGCUUCUGCGUUAAAAGCUCGCAAAGAGGAUCACCCGUUGGUUCAAUCGACGAAGCAUUCCACGAAAAUAAAUCGAAGCUUUUGCUUUCGUACCGAUCGCUUCUGCGUUAAAAGCUCGCAAAGAGGAUCACCCGUUGGUUCAAUCGACGAAGCAUUCCACGAAAAUAAAUCGAAGCUUUUGCUUUCGUGCCGAUCGCUUCUGCGUUAAAAGCGCGCAAAGAGGAUCGCCGGUUGGUUCUUUUGCAAUGUCUCGAUGGGAUCGAUAGCCUUUCGCGUGGAUCGCCUCGGAACGAUCGAUUAUAAACGUUUCACCGUGGUUCAUUUGGAGUCUCCGUGAGCCUCUUCUGCACGAUUCGCCUUGCACGUUCUCAAAAUUAUCACGUGAUGAAUAUCGUGAAUAGGAAUCCAAAGAUUACGAGGGUUUGUACCGGAAGCAUAGUGAAUCGGCACCAUAAAAAGAUAUUGUUCGAAAAUUACAGUGAACCGACCGAGACUUAGUUCGAUGGGCGUUGCUACGAGCUUACGUAAAAUGAAGAUACGAUUCCACGCGAGGAGCGUGUAUGCGCCAAAAGGAAACACAAGGCGUACAUAAUAUCUAUAAUACCCGUGUGACCGUGGUUUGGCAUAGCUAUGUAGGCAGCACACGGGAGAUCGUGGCUGAGAAUUACGUAAGCUCCACGGGAGAAAGAUUGUCCGCUAGAAAGCAUGUCAAUGUGGCAAUGCGACUGUUUUUCUAUAGUUUUCUAAUAUCCUGCCGCGUUUUCUGCAAUUCUUUACCCUCCCCUUCCUUCCUCGUCCCACUCGAAUCGUCCGAGGCGUGAUAAAUCGUAAUUUUCAUCCUCACCAGAUCUCGAUCCGGUCAAAGUUGCUCCGCGAUUAUGGUCUUUCGAAAUAUCAAUUUUCCAGCGUCACGCUCAACCCAGAUUUUUUCGAAUCACAGAAGAAAAGAGAACGUAAUGAACGGUUAAUGCGUCGUCCUUCGCCAAAGGCAGCGAAUUAAGCAAGAGUUAAAAAGUUGACGGAGCAGGAUCACCGUUAAGUGGAACAAGGUGUCGCCCCGUAUUACCGACUGACCUAUAAAUUUCGAAUACGUUUCUUCCGAUUUUUGCGACCGAACGGUAACACCUCGUGAUCGACGCGUAGAACGCCAUAAAAUCGUAAAUCACUUAAAUACCCUAGUUCGUUGAACUAUCGUGUAGGUAGGCAGAGGUAGCUAAUUCUUCAAGCUCCACAUAAGUGUUCCUAAUACUCGUACAUAUGAAUCACCUGGCGAAUCGCUGGAUGUUCCACGAUAGACUCUUUAACCAACCUGUUUUACCUUGAAACUAUACCGGUAUCGAGAAGCCUGGAAAUCAGGUGUGCAUAUAUAAUCAAGCCGCUACACGCGAAUCUAAUGACGUCGAAUAUAUAACCUGAUAAGUGCGGUAUAUUUUUCUUUGAACGACGUUGAGGUUAAGACGAGCAGUAGCGAGAUGGAUAAUGCUCUGCGUGGUGAUUGAAGAUGCUGGUGGUAUCGUUAGAGAGAGGUGAUAAAACACGUUUUCCCAAUAAGUACCGACAGACGCAAUUACGGUUAUCUACAGUUAAGGUCACGGAAAAAAGGAGUUCGGGUCCCGUCGGUCUAGUUUGCCAUGUUGCAUCGGUACACGAAUGUAUUUCUGAACUCGUUCGCUUAGAGAGACGUAGCUAACACGUACGCGGGAACGGCCGAGCCUACGCCCAUCUUAGACGGUAUCAUAUACCGUUAUAUUAUUUAUAACGAGGAAACACACUUUGCCUACGCUUAUGCGGCUUCCCGCCCUCUACUACUGCACUUUUCACGCUUCCUCUAUUCGCUGCGAUUAUACCAUCGUGUUUCCGCCCCGGUGUUGAUUACGAAUGCCGAUAUAUCGAGUGGAGAAUGUUACUCGUUACCGCGAGACACAGGUGUCUAUACCGUUUAUCUACUCAUGGUCGCUCGUUAAGUCAUUUUGAAUUUGCCCGCCGUUUAAUUGCAGAAAUCUACUUUAUCGACCGUACCAUCAACGCUCCCGUUAGAUUCGCAUUAAUUUCUUGCUGGAUUAUUAAAAGCUGUAGUCUUCGCAUCCGCUAAUUUGUAAUUUAGAAAAAUAUCAAUUUGAAUUUCAUGAGCUAUAUGCUUGUCUUUUUAUUAAGGAUUUUCUACUCGCGCAUUCUUUUUCUAUUUCUGUAAUUAUAAAGCAGCGUUUCUUUUUUCAAUCUUUUAAUUUCUUCAUCUUAUGUCCCGUGUUCAAUUACCUCUCACUGCAGUCACUGUGACCGAACUUGUUUAUUAUGUAUAUAAUACCAAUUAGAGUUUGCACCUGGCCAUGCAGAAAUAAAAGAAUUCCGUGGCAGAGGCACCGGUAGACAAUUUUUUCGUACUCGCUCGCUUUUUAACUUCGUUACUGGCCGGAAUCGCGUUUGAAAGUUGAAGCGGUCGCCGCGAGAUGGCGGUAGUCGCGCACAGUAAGUUGUGUGUGUACAGGUCUUUCAGCUGACGGCUUGUAUGUGGUCAAGAUGGCUUCCGCGGAGCAAGUCGGCCUGAACAAAACUUGGGAAUUGUCGCUUUACGAGCUACAUCGUACACCCCAGGAUGCAAUUACCGACAGCACGGAAAUCGCAGUUAGUCCGCGAAGUUUACACAGUGAGCUUAUGUGUCCAAUUUGCCUGGAUAUGCUUAAAAAGACUAUGACUACGAAGGAAUGCCUGCAUCGUUUCUGUUCCGAUUGUAUCAUUACGGCACUCAGGAGCGGCAAUAAGGAAUGUCCAACGUGCAGGAAAAAACUGGUAUCCAAGAGAUCUCUCAGGCCAGAUCCUAAUUUUGAUCUGUUGAUUUCUAAAAUAUAUCCCAGUCGUGACGAGUACGAGGCACAUCAGGAAAGAGUACUAGCAAAACUGAAUAAGUCACAUUCGCAAGCUGCACUGGUGAAUUCUAUUACAGAGGGAAUCAAACUGCAAAGUCAAAAUCGUCCUCAGAGGUCUAGGAAAAAUGCCAAUGAGUCAGAGAAUGCCAGCAACGCCACGUCUUACAAUAACUCUCAAAAUGCCAGUGCACCUGCCACGCCGAAUGCUACGAAUGCUGCAAAUCAAAGCGAUUCCUCUCAAAGCACAACAGGACCUUUAAACAAUAGUAGUGGGGGUACAACCUCCAGAAACUCUACCACACCUUCACCAAAUCCAGCAAAUCAAAUCCCCAAGCCACCAAAACGACAAAAAAGUUUACAAAAUUCCGAGAAUGAUUCAUCUAGUGCAGAGGCUGAAACUGGUGGUGGUGAUUCCAUGGUAGACACAGAGGGUGAAGGUCCUAGUGAGCCCUUGAUGUUGAACGAGAUCGAGCUCGUUUUCAAGCCACAUCCUACGGAAAUGGCCGGAGAUAAUUCCCUCAUAAAAGCUCUGAAGGAAAACAGUAUACGGUAUAUCAAAACAACGGCAAAUGCAACAGUGGACCACCUGAGCAAGUACCUGGCUAUGCGGUUAACAUUGGAUCUGGACACAGAAUUAUCAGAAUCAGACAGGCUACUGAACUUUUGUAUUUACAUAGCACCUUCUCCUGGUCAAUUAGUGGUAUUGAGUGGAUCUCAGACGUUGAGGCAGGUCAACGACAAAUUUUGGCGCGUCAAUCGACCCCUGGAAAUGUACUACUCGUGGAAGAAGACCUAGGGAAGGCCUCGAAAAUAUCAGUCUGACGGGAGCUAGUCGUGUUAAGCUCCAAAAAAUAAAAAAUAAAAAGAAAAAAAAUCAUUCGUACUACGUGAAGUACAGAGACGAGAAACGCAUAUUGUUAUAUGAGAAUCAACCGAUAUAUUUUACUGUACUUCAAUAGCCUUGGAUUAUGUUCAAGGAUCGAAAGAGAUUGGAGGAGAGCAAGUUUCUUGUGAUCAUCGACAGUGGUGCAAUUUUCCUCUUCAUGGGAUUGGUUGCUUUUGUUUCCUCUGAAGGGAACGAUAGAAGAAGCGGAUAGAUUUUUAAUUAAAGCUUUGUACAGCGAUUUAUUCUAAAUGCAACAGAGUUUAGUCUCGGAUACAAACUGCCAUUCACCAGAUUGCAUUGGAUUAUGAAUGGAUCGAUGGAUUUUCGCGUCGCCGAACCGUGAACUGCGUAUAAUAUUCAUCAGACUAUGCCCUUUUUUCACAGGUGUAAGUUAAUCCGGUGCGCCCAGUAAUACGAUACUUCAGCAAGCUGAUGGCCUCAAUGGUUAAGUAACUUAUUUAAAAUAAGUCUCCGAUUCGCUG